AUGUUUUUGAACGUCUUCACUUCUUUGGAGUAUAUAGACGUGUCGGUCAUCAACUUGAGUCUGUUCUUGACUUCGGGUCUACCUGGCUCAGGAACGAUAUCAAUAAUCUCGAAAAUCUUCCAUGAACCGUGUGUUGCCAAAUCUUCGUUUCUGCAGAUCGCAGUUCCAAUGAUCACCACAUUUUUAGUAGCAAUGGUUUCCGAAACCUUGAGUUCUGUGACCUCAAUCGAUGUGACCAUCUCAUUCUCCUCCAGCUCAACAGUAUCAAUAAUCGACCAAUUAGCAGGGGACACCAAGUGA